AUGGAUCUGGAAGAGGAAGAGAAGAACAGAUUAUUAGAAAAAUACCUCCCUCCUGAAAAUUGUACUCAGGUAAAAGCUCCAACACUUAACUUGGAGGUCAAAGCUGCAAUCUCCAGCUCUGUGCAGAAGAGAGACGAGAGACUCUCUGCUUUACGGCGCCAAAUAGGCGCUAGCCUGUCCUGUAUAGGCAGCGCUCUGACUCUCAUCCUCAAAGAAGAGGGAGGGGGCAACAGAACGUACAUCCAAUUGCUGAAUGAUGCUAGCAAACUAUUGACUGACCUGCAUCGCACAGAAACCAUCGCUCGUCGUGAACUAGUAGCCCUUAACCUGAAAUCUGAUGUAAAACAGAUCCUAUCGGAAGCCACAGUGGUAGAUGGUCUCUGACUGUCGAACGCGGAGGUACCACCCGGCGGUUCUGGUAGGCGGAGCCAGAAUGUGUGCAUGUUGCAUGCACACGUGUUCCCUCGCCAGAGUCCAUG